AUGCAACUAUUCAGGACAACAGCAGCUUUUGUUUUUGCUGCAUGCAUCCUCAUAUUCAUUGUAAUACGUGCUAGCGUAGACAGAAAUGUGUGCAGCGCAUAUACGGACAUGGAUGGAUACUUGGAAAACAAAAAGUCCCAAAUCUCAUCGCACGCUCUAUGCUUGGUUGACAGCAUAAAUACCCCGAAUAGCCGCCAACCCCUUGCGAGGAUAUACAGAAAGUCCGCACAUACGAAGGAGGAAGGCAGAGCUCAGAUUUCAGAAAUAAGCUACAAGGUGCACAAUAACGGAAAUAAACUGCGGAAUAUGCUAAACCCAGGCCGCCCCACUCCCUGCCUGUACGACGAAUACCCUGGGAACUCUGCAACUGACCCGGGGAUUUCUACAAUGGCCUGCACCAUAUCCAAAACAGCGUACGAGGAUGUUUACACUCCGAUAGUUCCUGGGUUUAUACGGAUAAAAGCCCUGGAAACGCUUAAGAUGCUAUAUGUUCCGUAUAACAAGGUAGACUCUGUCCUGGAGACAAUAAAAAGCACAGAAAAAAAAAAGCUUGGAGCAGUAUUCUAUGCUGGAUACGCUUCUGGAUGGGAUCUGCAAGCACAUGGUCAGAAGCCAGAUGGAUCCCCUUGA